AUACUCUUCAGCAAACGGACGGAAUAACCGCACUUGUUCAAUUAAUACAAAUAAUAUAGAAUUAUGCUCGGCUUGGUAACUGUGAUCUCGGCUCUUAUGGCCAUUGGCUCAUGCGGUCGUUUGGAGCCCCAAUACCUGCCACCUCGACAAGGCGGCGGCUUUGGUGGCUCUGGAGCGAGCAGCGGAGCGUCAAGCGGGGCGUUUGCGGGUGGAUUUAGCGCGGGCAGUGGAGGUGGUUUCAGCGGCGGCUCUGGUGGAGCCAACAUUCCCAUCACGAAGUUUGAAAAUGUUAACAACGGCGAUGGCACAUACAAAUUUAGUUACGAGACCGGCAAUGGCAUCUCAGCGCACGAGAGCGGGGCGCCCCGAGCGCAGGGCCCCGAAGGGCCCGCAGUGACGGCGGAAGGCGGGUUCUCUUACAGUGCGCCCGACGGCCAGCAGAUCUCACUCUCCUACACCGCUGAUGAGAACGGCUUCCACCCCGUCGGACCACACCUCCCCACUCCGCCCCCCAUCCCAGAGGAGAUUCUCCGCUCUAUCGAGUUCAACAAACGCAACCCGUCAUCUGAGGGUGCCUACAACGGCGGAUCCGGAUCCGGUUCCGGUGGCGCCGGUGGUUACCGCUACUAAUCUAAUGAUCUCACUCACUUAUAGCUCACUUCAUUAAAAUCAUAAGAAAUAAUCCCAUUUGGACUUCUUCAAUCAAUAAGUAAUUAAUAUUACACUCUACAAAAUUGACAUAGAAUCCAUAAUAACUUGUCCUUUUAAGGACCUUUUAAAGCCCGACAAAACAGUUUUCCAUUAGCCUGGUUGCGAAGCAAUUUUGUUAACUAUUUACUUAAUAUUAUGUUGCCUCUCUCCAAUACGAAAUUGUAAGCCUAUUCAAUUCCGCGAGAAUAUUUUUAGGUCAAACUCAAUGACUUAUUUCUGUAAUAGAAAAAUGUCACGUCCAAAUUUUAUCACAAUUAAUCUCUUAUGUAUCAAGCCUCCAAAUUAUUUUUUAUAUUUAGAAACAGUUGGUCCAAUAUUUUAUUUAUUUCUAAUGAUUUAUUUGAUUCUAAUAUCUGAGCUAUGAGUAUCGAAAAUAAGCACUGUGAUACCACGAUAUGCACACACGCACUAAUUUAUUAAAUAUAUUUUAUAAGCAAUGUACAUAUAAUGCUUGAUGAAUAAAUAAAUACUAUAUAUUACU